CGCUUUUGUCACAAACUGACAAUUAAAAAAUAAAUAUAUGUUUUCAUAGUGAUUGUGAAUAAUAAAACCGCGAGUGUUUAUUACAGGCCUUGACGUUGCUAUGAGAGGACGAAAUGGCACGUGUGAGCAUACAUCAAGACGUCGGGCCGUACCCGUCAUAUAUCUAAGAGGCUCUCAUUAUGAAGUCGGUCACGAUGUGGGUCGCACGUUUUCAUCAGUCAUCAAAGAUUUUAUAGCAACCUACGCUAAUCUGCGGGACUUCGAGAAGGAAUAUAAAACUGACACUGGGAAGCAGGCGUACGAGAAAACCUUAACCAAUAUGAAACAGCGUUACCCAUGGUACUUGAAAGAGAUGCAAGGCGUCGCUGAUGGAGCAGAUGUUCCUUUCUAUCAGUUGUUCCUGUUGCAAAUGGACGACAUUAUUGGCACCAUCAACGAUAACCACAUUCCGAGAAACGAUACUGGUGGAUGCAGUUCUAUUGGAAUAAACACGCCGACCGAUGCAAUUUUGGCUCAUACUGAGGACGCAUUCAGUGAGACACUAAAUCACUUUUAUAUAAUGUCAGCUCAUAUUAUACCAACUCAAGAGGACAAAGAUCUUGGGGCCGUUGAGGAAAGAUUUGCAUCGUUAUGCUACGCGGGACACAUGCCCGGAUACACGAUGGGAUACAACGGAAAUGGACUAGUUUUUUCCAUAAACACACUUAGCCCUAUGAUACUGAAGCCAGGGAACACUCCGCGAACAUUUAUCACCCGAGCUUUAUUGACCGCAAAGAGUUUAGAAGAUGCGGAAAGAAUUCUGCUUGACCAGGGUCUGGGAGCAGCCAAUGGAUGCUCAGUGAACAUGAUAUGGACUGAGGGUGAUGGUACACGAAGCCUCUACAACGUCGAGAUGGCCCCAGAUCUAACAGGGGAUAAGUCACUGCUGAAUAUUAAAAAGUUCGAAAAUGAUGUCACAAUUCAUACAAACAAGUACCUCCGCCUACAGUUGAAGGAAGUGGAUGGCCCCAUUAUAGACAGUAGCAACGCUCGGUUAGAUGCAAUCUACAAACAUCCGAAGCCCAAAACACGGGAAGACCUCCAGAAUAUUCUGUCAGACACUUCGAGACAGGACUUCCAAGUGUUCGCGGAACAGGAGGAAUCCAUUAUCAAGACAAUCGCAGCUGGUAUAUUUGAUUUGGGAGAAAAGACAUGGAAUAUUUACAUUAAUAAACCAAAUGCAUCAGAGCCUGUUGCCAUUUUACCAAUUAUAUUCACCAAUUUAGGAAAAUAAAAAAAACUAGUUAAUUCAAUAGUAGAAUCGCUAGCAGAGUGCUUUAAAAUUAUAUAAUAUAUAAAAUCCGUAUGGUAAAUGUUAAAUUUAUUCUUAGUUAUUGUUUUUUUAGAAUACAGCUGUGUUUCUGUAUCCAAGUACUAUUUACCUAACUCAAAAAAAUGUGUGCGUAUACUAGUGUACACACGUAAGAAGUUAAACUUCUUUAUGAUCUUAUUACUAUAUGCAACUUUACAGAAAUUGGUUGAAUAAAGUUAAAUAAGAUAAAGUAACAAACAAAAC